UGGCAACAUGGUUGUUGCCUGUUCCCAGUAGCAACGUUGCUUUGUAGUUUAUUUCUGUGAACUGGCGGUAUGACUGCGGCUAAUGUAUUGCGUGGUGCACCACGGCAAGACCGUCGUAAUGGUGGAUCUGGAUCGCCAGGCACUCGGCUUCUUCCUAGUCGUCAACGGCAGUUUAAGUUAGGCGGGAGCUCAAAUCGAAUUGAGGCAGACCACAAUGCUAUACCAACGUUUGACAUUGGCGAGGUCGAUGUUUUUGGCUACCGCAAUACCUACAAGCACAACGUGUGCGUGGAGAUGCUUAAGGAAGGGCACCAUGAAUCUUUCCGUGAGGUAGUUAGUCUUAUUGAAUGCCAAAAGGAAGAACGUGAACGAUUAGGCCGCGAUUCUGGAUUCUACUAUGAUCCUCUGCUCGAAAGUGAAGAGCCUAAGCUCAAGCAAUUAAAGGUCUAUCUUUCUGCUGCUGAAGAUGCUAAACUGCAAGAUAAUAUCUCAUUGAAGAUAUAGAAAAUCUAACGGAG